GAUAACGUGAGAUCACGCAUCGGGAUUCGGGACCACCUCUCUCGCUGACUCUUACCCCACCAAAAUGCCUUCUAUUCAAAGUUUAACAGUGACUUACGACGCGCUGAAUGAGUACGGAACGUUUUCGGAGGGGGACACUAUAACGGGAAAAGUAACACUGGCCUUAUUAAAGGAAACAGCAGUUCAAAGCUUCUUCGUUAAAGCAAAAGGAGACGCUGACGUGCGUUGGACAAGAAAACAUGGCGAUCGCACUCACACGUACUCUGCAAACCGAAGAUAUUUUAAAUUGAAGCAAAUUGUAAUCCCAGAGAGCUCAAAUGACACCGUAAUUCCCAAAGGCACCCAUGUCUAUGCAUUCAGCUUUCAAAUACCAUCAGUAAGUAUGCCUUCAUCCUUCAAGGGGACACACGGGAAGAUUGUUUACAUGCUUGAAGCAAAGGUGUCCAGGAGUUGGAAGUUGAACCGUUCUGUCGAAAAAGAGAUCAAUUUUGUCUCCAAGUCCAUCCCAAACCUUCAUUCUCUGAUGUCACGUCAAGUUGGUUCAACACAGAAAGAGAUGGGGCUUUUCUCAACAGGACAAGUGCAAAUGGAUGUCAUUGUUGACAGGAGGGCUUAUGCCCCAGGAGAACCAGUUGCGAUUGUUGCAAAAGUCAAGAAUUCCUCAUCCAGAGACAUGACACCCAAAUUCAGUAUAAUCCAGGAUGUGGUGUACCGUGCCAACGGCAGCACCAGACAUGAAGACUUUGUUAUCCAGAAAUUUUUUGGCAACAGUAUUAAACCCCAAACACAGCAGGAGGUCAAGUGUGUAUUAACGAUUCCCCGUGAUCAGACGCAGACAAUCCAGAAUUGUGAAAUAAUCUCUGUGGAACACCAUAUAAAGGUGUAUUUGGACAUUAGCUUUGCUUUUGAUCCAGAGGUCAAGUUCCCAUUGGUCAUUAUUCCUCCUGAGCUCGCUCCUGGCCGUCAGCCUGGUGUUUCUGUGGGUCCCUAUCAAGCUAGGGCUACUGGGGGCCCAAGCAACAGCGACUUUCCCCCCUCUCCAGUGGCUGCUGGUUGCUAUCCUGCUUCCCCACAUUCAGGCAGUCACAGAUACCCAGGAGCCCAACAAUACUCAGCACCAGCACAUGCUUACUCAGAUAGGCAACAGGUGUAUGCUGGUUCACCCCACAUGUACCCUGCUCAGCCCAACCAUAUGAGUGGGGGUUACAAUAAUCCAGUGCCACAGCGGGCUUCUCCGUAUGGAUCCCCGUUUUCAUCCUCAUCAUCUUCUCCUGUACAUCACCCACCGCCUUCUGCCCCAACUUUUCAUCCACUCCCAUCUGCUCCAGCAAUUCACCCAUCCCCUUCCACUUCACUAACAUUCAACAUAUCCCCAACUGCUCCGUCAUACAACCUGCUGCCUACUUCACCAAUGAGGAACACAGACUUCCUGUCUCAAAAUGAUGAAGCUCCACCAGCUUAUUCGCUUCUUUUCCCAUCCUCUGCUAUGAAAAACUCUGAUGCAAAACAAUAGAAUAUAAUGACUGGUGCAUUGUAUGUAUUAUGAUGUUAAAUACCAACAGGUAGUAACAAAGUGUGAAAGCCUUACAGUAUUCUUAAAUAGUGUCUUCGAAAAUGUUAAGGGUGAAAGUGUCAUUUUGAAGUUAAAUGCUUUGUGUGCGAUGUUUGCAUGUAAACAUUUAUAUAUGCCUACAAAAAGGGCUUUUGUGUCUAUGUGAGUCGCAUGUAAUUGGCUUUGUCCAGUUGCUAAUGUAAUAACUGAGACCUCAGUCAUCAGGACACACUGUGUUUCCAGGAGCCUUCUUCAACUCAAGUGUCUGACCACUAUUGGAACUUUUUUUCCAGUAUUACAGUUUACA